GUGCUUCAACGGUGAAUGGAUAUCUUUGAUGUCAUUACUCCUAUCAACGUAUGCAAUCCUUCCCCUUGUGGUCCAAAUGCCUUUUGUAAGGAAAUUAAUAACCAGCCAGUAUGUUCCUGUUUGAGUAAUUAUAUUGGAUCGCCACCCAACUGUAAACCAGAAUGUUUGGUAAAUUCGGAUUGCAAAACCAAUAAAGCUUGCGUGAAUAAUAGAUGCCUGAAUCCCUGUCCAAAGCCCUGUGGCCGUAAUUCUGAUUGCAAGGUUAUCAACCACAGUCCAGUGUGCUCCUGCCGGCAAGGAUAUUCCGGAGAUCCGUUUGUUGCUUGUUCUCCUAAUUUACAAAUUGCUCCAGUACUCGCAGAACAAUCAGACCCUUGUUUGCCGUCACCUUGUGGACUCUAUUCUGAGUGCCGUAAUAAUAAUGGUCUCCCGUCUUGUUCUUGUUUACCGUCAUACAUUGGAUCCCCACCUUACUGUAAACCAGAAUGCUUAGUACAUUCAGAUUGCCCAAGCGACAAAGCUUGUAUAGCAGAAAAGUGUCGUAAUCCCUGUGAGGGGUCUUGUGGAUUAUUUGCAAAAUGUUUUGUCAACAGACAUGUAUCAGUUUGUCUGUGUCCAGAAGGGUUUACUGGUGAUCCAUUCCGUGAGUGUGUAGCUCGAAAAAUUCAAGAUGAAGUGCUAACUCCAACUGAUCAAUGUAAUCCAAGUCCAUGCGGACCAAACGCAGUAUGUGAGAAUGGAAUUUGCUCAUGUAUAUCUGAAUAUCAUGGAGAUCCCUAUUUUGGUUGUAGACCUGAAUGUUUGUACAACUCAGAUUGCUCAAAAGAUAAAAGCUGUCAAAAAAAUAAGUGUAUCAAUCCAUGCAUAGGAACAUGUGGCCGAAAUGCUAUUUGUGAAAUAAAUAACCAUAUUCCAAUGUGCUCUUGCCCUCGUGGAAUGAGUGGUAACGCUUUUAUAGAAUGUCGACCUGUUAUUGUGUCAAAUGCAAAUCCCUGUAAUCCAUCUCCAUGUGGUCCAAACAGCCAGUGCCAACAAUCGCAAGGGCAAGCAGUGUGCUCUUGUCUUGCAAACUAUCGGGGUAGCCCUCCUAACUGUAGACCGGAAUGUGUUGUUAGCGCCGAAUGCCCACUUAAUGAAGCAUGCCACAAUCAAAAAUGCAUUAAUCCUUGCGAAGGUGCCUGCGGCAUUGCGGCUGUGUGUGAUGUCAUAAACCACAAUCCCAUUUGUACAUGCCCUUCACAAUUUACUGGCGACCCCUUCUUAAGAUGCAAUGUUAUAGUGAACACUCCGAUUCGCACUAACCCUUGUGAACCAUCUCCUUGUGGACCCCACUCAACGUGCAGAAAUAAAAAUGAUAGCCCAAUCUGUGCUUGUUUGACUGGUUUUAAGGGGGCGCCACCAAAUUGUCGACCAGAAUGUAUAAGCAACAGCGAAUGUAACCACGACAUGGCUUGCAUAAAUCAGAAAUGUGUUGAUCCAUGUAUUGGAAGUUGUGGAACAAACGCAGAAUGUAAAGUUGUAAGCCAUUCGCCAAUAUGCUUAUGUCAAGUCGGGUACACUGGCGAUCCGUUCUCAAUGUGUAGUUUGGAAAUACUUGCAAGACCCAACGAGAUUCUAAGACCUUGCAGUCCUAACCCGUGUGGUGCAAAUGCCGUUUGUAAAGAACAGAAUGGUGUUGGAGCUUGUACAUGUUUAACUGAUUACUCUGGAAAUCCCUAUGAAGGCUGCAGACCCGAAUGCGUUGUAGAUUCUGAUUGUCCGUUAAAUAAAGCUUGUUCUGGAAUGAAAUGUAUUGAUCCUUGCCCAGGUACUUGUGGAACCAACGCAUUAUGUCAAGUCAGCAACCAUUUACCUAAUUGUAUUUGUCAAUCUGGAUACACAGGAAAUCCGUUUCAAUAUUGCAGCAUAUUCCAAGAACCUCAAGUACUAGAAACCAAUCCAUGUAGCCCAAGUCCCUGUGGGGCUAAUAGCCAAUGCAAAGAAAUUAAUGGACAAGGAGUUUGUUCUUGCUUGCCAUUAUUUGUUGGUAUUCCACCGAAUUGUCGUCCUGAAUGUGUCCUGAGCUCAGAAUGCCCAUCAAAUAUGGCAUGUAUAAACCAAAAAUGUGCCGACCCAUGUAUAGGCAGCUGUGGUGAAAGUGCAAACUGUAAUGUAAUAAAUCAUAGUCCAAUCUGUGUGUGCAAGCAAGGUUUGACAGGCAAUCCAUUUACAAGAUGCUAUCCAAUGAUUAUAUCAUCUCAACUACAACAACCUAUUUCAUUAGAUCCUUGUAUUUCUUCACCAUGUGGACCUUAUGCUAUAUGUCGAGAUAUUGGAGGAUCACCAUCAUGUGUUUGUCAACCAAAUUAUAUUGGCAGUCCACCAAAUUGCAGACCUGAAUGUACAAUAAACUCUGAGUGUCCUAGUAUUCACGCAUGUAUUAACGAGAAAUGUCAGGAUCCUUGUGUAGGAUCUUGUGGAUUAAACGCUGGAUGUUCCGUUUUCAAUCACAUUGCGCAAUGCAGCUGCUUUGAGCGAUAUAAGGGAGAUCCUUUUGUUCAAUGUAUACCUGAACCUGAGAGUGAUGAAUCACCAGAACUAGAUCCUUGCAACCCAUCUCCAUGUGGGCCAAAUGCUGAAUGCGAUAAUGGGCAAUGUACAUGUGUGUUAGGCUAUAACGGUGACCCAUAUUUUGGUUGUAGGCCAGAAUGCCUAGUGAGCAGUGACUGUCCAUAUAAUAAGGCCUGUUUUAAAAAUAAAUGCGUUGAUCCCUGUCAGAACAAUUGUGGUCAACAAGCUCUGUGUAAUGUUAUCAACCAUAUUCCUAUGUGCACAUGUCCUCCCAAUUACUCAGGAAACGCUUUCAUUGAAUGUAGAAAGAUUGAAGUAAUAGAAAACUUGAGUCCAUGCCAUCCGUCACCCUGUGGUCCCAAUAGUCAGUGUAGAGAAGUUAAUGGGCAGGCAAUCUGCACAUGUUUACCGGGCUAUAAAGAUGCACCCCCCACGUGCAGACCAGAAUGUGUUACCAGCGCUGAAUGCGCCUUAAACAAAGCUUGUUCCGGACAACAAUGUAUAGAUCCAUGUCGUGGAAAUUGUGGGCAAGGUGCUCUAUGUCAAGUUGUAAACCAUAAUCCAAUCUGUUCUUGCCCCAAGGGUUACACAGGUGAUCCAUUCCAAAGGUGCAUAAGAGCUGUUAUCGAGGAGCAAAUUUAUGUUGAUCCUUGUAAUCCGUCACCAUGUGGUUCCAAUGCUUAUUGUAAGGAAAUUAACGGGGCCCCGUCUUGCGCCUGUCGAGAUGAAUAUAUAGGAAGCCCACCAAAUUGCAGACCAGAAUGUAUCGCUAACACAGAAUGUCCAAAUAAUCUUGCUUGCAUAAAUUCUAAAUGUAAAGAUCCCUGUCCCGGAUCUUGCUACGCUGGCGCUGAAUGCAAAGUCGUCAGUCACAAUCCACAAUGCUUCUGUCCACCCGGAUUUACUGGAGAUGCUUUUAUAAAUUGUUAUCCUGUGGAAAUAAGCCUCACGCCGUGCUCACCAUCACCGUGUGGGCCCAACGCUUUAUGUAGGGAAUUCAAUGGCGCAGGCGCAUGCGUUUGUCUCCCUGAAUACAUUGGAAAUCCAUAUGAAGGGUGCCGACCUGAGUGUGCUGUCAAUUCAGACUGUCCAACUAAUUUAGCAUGUAUUCAAAACAAAUGUAAAAAUCCUUGUGAUAAUACAUGCGGAUUCAAUGCAGUCUGCUAUGUUGUAAAUCAUACACCUACAUGUGAAUGUCUACCGGAUCAUGAUGGCAAUCCAUAUCAGGCUUGUACGGAGAAAAUUAGAGAUGUGAUUGUGACCAAUAAGAAUCCAUGUAAUCCGUCUCCUUGUGGACCUAACAGUAUUUGUAAAGUAAUAAAUGACCAAGCAGUGUGUACAUGUAAUGUUGGUUACAUAGGCUCACCUCCACCAUGUAGACCGGAAUGUGUCGUAAGUUCAGAAUGCCCUCAACAACAUGCAUGUAUAAACCAAAAGUGUCAAAACCCAUGUGAAGGGGUUUGUGGGAUCAACACUGAGUGCAAAGUAAUAAAUCAUAGUCCCAUUUGUAUUUGUAAGCCAAAAUACACCGGAGAUCCAUUUAGUAGAUGCACCAGAGUUAUUGAAACUGCUGUGGUGUCGAUAAAUCCCUGUACUCCAUCACCAUGUGGACCAUUUUCAGAAUGUCGUGAUAUAGGUGGAUCACCUUCCUGUUCUUGUUUAUCUCUUUAUAUUGGAAGUCCUCCAAAUUGCCGCCCAGAAUGUUCGCUCAAUACGGAUUGUCCAAGCGACAAAGCUUGCAUCAAUGAAAAGUGCAUUGAUCCAUGUCCAGGUUCAUGUGGCUUAAACGCCGAGUGCAGAGUCCAAAACCAUCUUUCGUUAUGUAUUUGCUAUGAAGGUUAUAUAGGGGAUGCCUUCCAAAACUGUUAUCCGAAACCAGUACAAGAUUCACAGCCUCCGGACUUGUGCAACCCAUCACCAUGUGGUAUGAAUGCACAAUGCAAUUAUGGCGUCUGUACUUGUCUACCCGAAUAUCACGGCGACCCUUACUUUGGAUGUCGACCAGAAUGUACAAUAAGUUCUGAAUGUCCUAUGGAUAAGGCUUGUGUCAGAAACCAUUGUGUCAAUCCCUGCAUAAACACAUGUGGCAUAGAUGCAAUAUGUGAUGUUAUUAAACAUAUGGCUAUUUGCACUUGUCCUCCAAAGACAACAGGAAACGCAUUUUUACGAUGUACUCCAGUUCGAGAAAUAGUACCCGCAAACCCUUGUCAACCAAGUCCAUGUGGGCCCUACAGUAGAUGUACUGAACAUAACCAACAAGCUAUAUGUUCAUGUAUAUCAGGAUACAUGGGCGCUCCACCAUCUUGUCGUCCUGAAUGUGUAUCCAGUUCAGACUGCAGUCCACAUAAAGCAUGUAGUAAUCAAAAAUGUAUCAAUCCUUGCGAGGGAGCUUGCGGUGUGUCAGCUGAAUGUCAAGUUAUCAAUCAUAAUCCUAUUUGUACAUGUAGAGACGGAUUUACUGGAGAUCCUUUCACCAGAUGUAUAAGGCAACCGCUCGCAGAACCAUCAGUGAUAGAAAAUCCUUGUCAACCAUCACCGUGUGGGCCUAAUUCAAUUUGUAAGGAGUCAUCUACAAGUACCCCGACUUGCCAAUGUAUGCCUGACUUCAUUGGAUCUCCUCCGAACUGUAGGCCAGAAUGUAUUUCCAACAGUGAAUGUUUAUCUUCACUGGCUUGUAUAAACAGACGAUGUGAGAACCCCUGUAAAGGAGCUUGUGGACAAAACGCUGAAUGCCGAGUCAUUAGCCAUUCUGCUAUAUGCAUAUGUCCUGAAGGGUAUACAGGAGACGCAUCAGCACAGUGCAGAUUGUAUGCUCCUGUUUUAAAAGAACCUAUUAAUCCUUGCACCCCGUCACCUUGCGGUCCAAACGCUGAAUGUAGAGAACAAUCAGGAGUUGGUGCAUGUAUAUGCUUAAAAGAUUACUUUGGCGAUCCAUACGAAGGCUGCCGACCUGAAUGUGUUGUAAAUUCUGAUUGUGCCAGUAACAAAGCAUGUUCUAGAAAUAAAUGUAUCGACCCAUGCCCAGGAACUUGUGCUAUAAAUGCUGAAUGUCAAGUUAUCAAUCAUUCUCCGUCUUGCACGUGUCCAUCUCAAUACACAGGAGAUCCAUUUAGCCAUUGUAUAUUACAACAACAAGAUGUUAUUUCAACAAACCCUUGUGAACCAUCUCCAUGUGGGCCAAACAGUCAAUGCAGAAUUGUGAACAGUCAAAGUGUAUGCUCAUGUUUGCCAGAUUACAACGGAUCUCCACCUAACUGCAGACCAGAAUGUGUCAUGAACUCAGAGUGCCCUGCAGAUAAAACAUGCAAAAAUCAAAAAUGUAUUUCACCGUGCCCUGGCCCUUGUGGUCAAAAUACAGAUUGUAAAGUUAUCAAUCACAGUCCAAUCUGUACGUGUUUAUCUAAACACACGGGUGAUCCAUUUACAAACUGUUACAGAGUUAUUGCUGCUGUGGAAGCUGUACAGAGAGAUCCAUGUUUCCCAUCACCAUGUGGACCAAACUCAGUGUGCAAACCUAUCCGCGAUCUACCAUCCUGCUCAUGUUUGCCAAACUACGAAGGCAGCCCUCCUAAUUGCAGACCAGAAUGCACGAUUAAUGAGGAUUGUCAGAGCGACUUAGCUUGUAUCAAUCAAAAGUGCAGAGAUCCUUGUCCUGGUUCUUGCGGAAUAAAUGCGGAUUGUACUGUCAAAAAUCACGUUUCUAUUUGUAUUUGUAGAAACGGUUUUACGGGCAACGCUUUCACACAGUGCACACCCGUUCCCCAAAAUGCUCCAGCAAUAUCAGACCCUUGUAAUCCAUCACCGUGUGGAACAAAUGCUCAGUGUAAGGAAGGAAGAUGUAGUUGCCUUCCAGAAUUUCAUGGGGAUCCGUACAGUGGCUGUACUCCAGAGUGUACUCUAAGUUCUGACUGCGAUCGGAAUAAAGCUUGCAUUAGAAACAAGUGUGUGGACCCAUGCCCCGGAACAUGUGCAUAUAACGCAAAGUGCGAAGUAUAUAACCACAUACCAAUGUGCAGCUGUCCCGAAAAAAUGUCAGGAAAUGCUUUCGUUGAAUGUCAAGUGUUACGAGAACCAAUCAAUGUCAGUCCGUGUCAACCAUCCCCAUGUGGACCAAACAGUCAAUGCAGAACCAUUCAUGGCCAAGCUGUUUGCUCUUGCGCGCCUAACUUCAUUGGUGCACCACCGACAUGCCGCCCGGAGUGCACCCUUAGUUCUGAAUGUCCGUUAGACCAGGCUUGUUCCAAUCAAAAGUGCUUGAACCCAUGCAUUGGAUCUUGUGGAGUUGAUGCUGAAUGCAAAGUCGUGAACCACAAUCCAAUCUGUACAUGUCCUAGGCCUUAUUCUGGAGAUCCUUUCACUAGAUGCUUCAGAAUUCCUGAGAAAAUACAAAAACCUAUCGAUGCUUGCACUCCAUCACCCUGCGGCCCUAACUCUAUAUGUAGGAAUAUAAAUGAAGUUCCUUCUUGUACUUGCCUUGAAGGUUACCAGGGCCAGCCUCCUUAUUGUCGACCUGAAUGUAUUAGCAACGAAGAAUGUUCUCUACAAAUGUCAUGUGUUAACAUGAAGUGCAAGAACCCUUGCGAAGGUGCUUGUGGUUAUAACGCAGAGUGUAGAGUUGUGAGCCAUUCACCAAAUUGCUAUUGCGCUGUCGGUUAUAACGGUGAUCCUUUCAAUGGCUGCAUCUUAGAAGUAUUGGCAGAAGAAGUAUCUACAAAUCCAUGUUUGCCUUCUCCAUGUGGAUUUAAUGCAAUUUGUAAAGAAAGGAAUAAUGCUGGUUCAUGCGCAUGCGUUGAAGGAUACAUCGGUAAUCCUUAUGAAGGAUGCCGCCCAGAAUGUGUUGUUAACACAGAUUGUCCGACCAAUAAGGCAUGUCGUGGAAAUAAAUGCUCAGACCCCUGUCCAGGUAGUUGUGGCACUAAUGCCGUUUGCCAGGUAGUUAAUCAUUCGCCCCUGUGUACUUGCAUAAAUGGAUUCACUGGGGAUCCAUUUAGAAAUUGUGUUUACCAAGAUUUUCCACCUAUACCUGUCUCCAUUGAUGUUUGUUACCCAUCACCUUGUGGCCCCAACAGCCAGUGCAAAGUCGUGAACAAUCAAGCAAUCUGUUCUUGCCUAGAAGAAUAUGUUGGAUCACCGCCAAACUGUAGACCAGAAUGUGUGACAAGUUCUGAGUGUACACAAGACAAAGCUUGUGUCAACAACAAAUGUGUGAAUCCUUGUAUUAAGUCUUGCGGCUUAAACGCUAACUGUAGGGUUGUCAAUCACAGCCCGAUAUGUUCGUGCAAACAUUCGUAUACUGGAGAUCCGUUUACGAUUUGUUCUAUUGCUCCCGUUGCAUCACCUCCAGACAUUAUAAAUCCUUGCAGUCCAUCACCAUGUGGACCUAAUUCCGAAUGUCGAGCUAUUGGUAUAUCUCCAUCGUGUUCAUGUUUGCCUGGAUACUUCGGAAGCCCACCAAAUUGUCGACCAGAGUGCACCAUACACGCGGACUGUCCAAGCAAUAGAGCUUGUAUAAAUACAAAAUGUCAGGACCCUUGCCCUGGAUCCUGCGGCUUAUCAACUUCCUGUCACGUUCAAGACCACAUACCCAUAUGUUCAUGUCUGCCUGGUUAUGUUGGAGAUCCAUUUUCAAGCUGCAAAUCAAAACCAUUGGAAGUGCAAGCUGUCGAAGUGGAUUCGUGUAGUAACGUUCAGUGUGGUUCGAAUGCUCAGUGUAUUGAUGGCCACUGUGAUUGUUUACAAGGAUAUCAUGGUGAUCCCUACUUCAUUUGUAGACCGGAGUGUUUGUUCAGCUAUGACUGUGAAAGUAAUAAAGCCUGUGUUCAAAAGAAGUGUGUCGAUCCAUGUAUUGAUGCUUGUGGGCUGAAUGCUAUUUGUCAAGUCUCGAACCAUAUACCGAUGUGUAGUUGCAAUAAUGGCUUCACGGGUAACGCUUUCGUGAGCUGCACUCCGAUCAAAGUGCAAAUAAACGUAAAUCCAUGUGAUAGCACUAUUUGUGGACCGAAUAGCCAAUGUAGAGUUGUUAAUAAUCAAGCAGUCUGUACUUGCUUACCAACUUACUUGGGUGUACCACCAGCCUGUAGACCUGAAUGCACAGUUAACGCUGAGUGUCCUUUGAAUCAAGCUUGCAUGCGCCAAAAGUGCGUUAAUCCUUGUAUUGGAGUAUGCGGAGCGAAAUCAACUUGUGAAGUAAUCAACCACAAUCCAGUUUGUGCAUGUCCAGAAAAGUAUUCAGGCGAUCCGUUUGUUGAAUGUGUCUUCGUGAUGAAUAAACCAGUGGAAAUUAUAAAUCCUUGUCAACCAUCACCUUGUGGUCCUAACUCAAUUUGUCAAGAAGUAAAUGAAAAUCCAUCGUGUAGUUGCAUGAAGGAAUUUAAGGGACAGCCACCAUUUUGUAGACCAGAAUGUAUCAGCAAUAGUGAAUGCUCACCGCAUUUAGCUUGUAUGAAUCAGAAGUGUAAAGAUCCAUGCACCAAAGUGUGCGGCGAAAAUGCAGAAUGUCACGUAGUGAGCCACGCAGCAAUGUGUCUUUGUCCACAAGGCUACGAAGGAGAUCCUUUCACUCGAUGCAUCCUACGUAUUCGCGACGAAGUAUUAAAUCCUUGUUCACCAUCUCCAUGUGGUACUAACGCAAUUUGCAGAGUACAAAAUAAUGCCGGAUCAUGUACAUGCAAUGAAGGCUAUUACGGAAAUCCGUACGAAAGUUGUAGACCAGAAUGUAUAAGUGACUCCGACUGCCCUGGAGAUAGAGCUUGUGUUGGUAACAAAUGUCAAGACCCGUGUCCAGGUUCCUGUGGUGUAAACGCCGAGUGUACUACGGUUAAUCAUUUGCCAAACUGUUUCUGCUUUGUGGGUUAUACUGGUGACCCAACGCGGAGAUGUAAUGUUAUACCAACCAUAGUAUCACAAUCGGACGCUUGCCAACCAAAUCCAUGCGGACCAUAUAGUCAGUGUAAAAAUAUAAAUAAUCAACCGCUAUGCAGUUGUUUGCCAAAUUACCUGGGUGAGCCUCCUAAGUGCAGGCCAGAGUGUACUCUAAACUCUGAAUGUCCAUCAGAUAAAGCCUGUGUAAAUAGAAAAUGUGUAAACCCAUGUCCUGACCCCUGUGGUACCAAUGCUGACUGUCGUGUUAUUCAUCAUAAUCCGAUUUGCACGUGUCUCAACGGAUUUACUGGAGACCCCUUUACAAGAUGCUAUAGAAAACCAGUUCCGCAACCACAACUGGAUGAAACUAGAGAUCCUUGUGUACCAUCGCCGUGUGGACCAUUCGCUGUAUGUCAGGUUAUUGGUGAACAACCUUCAUGUUCCUGCUCGCCGGGCUAUUUGGGAAGUCCACCAAAUUGUAGGCCCGAGUGUGUAACAAAUGAGGAUUGUAUAAGUUCACUGGCUUGUAUCAAUGAAAAAUGUAGGAAUCCUUGUUCCGGAGCUUGUGGCCAAAAUACACACUGUUCUGUUAUAAAACAUCUGUCUAUUUGUACCUGCCAAGAAGGCUAUCAAGGUGAUCCUUUUACGGGCUGCAACCUGAAACCAUUGCAAGAGCCUAUACCAAUUGAUGUAUGCAAUCCGUCACCAUGUGGUUCCAAUGCGCAAUGCACAAACGGAGAGUGUUCUUGCUUACCAGAAUAUCAUGGAGAUCCUUAUGUAGCGUGUAGACCCGAGUGUACGAUUAGUAAAGAUUGCCAAAAGAAUCAAAUUUGCCUAAAGAAAAAAUGCUACCACCCCUGUCCUGAAACCUGUGGCGUGAAUGCCAUAUGUGAAGUUAUCAACCACAUUCCGAUGUGUACUUGUCCAGUUGGGUUUAGCGGAAAUGCUUUCGUCUCAUGUAAUGAAGUCCAAGCGAUCUCACCACCCAAUCCAUGUAAUCCUAGCCCAUGUGGACCGAACAGCCAAUGUCGUGAAAAAAAUAAUGUUGCUACUUGUUCGUGUAUACCUGGUUAUCUGGGAAACCCUCCGACCUGUAGACCAGAAUGUACAACAAGCUCUGAAUGCCCACUUAAUAAGGCUUGUAACAACUACAAAUGUAUAAACCCAUGUAUCGGUUCAUGUGGCUUUAAUGCAAAAUGCGAAGUCGUCAACCAUAAUCCAAUAUGUUCUUGUCCAAAUGAUCAAACCGGAGAUCCGUUUAGUAGAUGUUACCCAAAACGUUUAGAAGUUGAACCUCAGGUAAACCCGUGUAUUCCAUCUCCUUGCGGGCCGAACUCAGUUUGCAAGAUUUUGAAUGAGUCACCUUCUUGUUCCUGCAACCCAGAAUUUAUAGGUGUUCCACCUAACUGUCGUCCAGAGUGUACUAGUAACAGUGAAUGCUCUAAUAAUCUAGCCUGUAUGAACAGCAAAUGUAGCAAUCCAUGUAUUGGUUCCUGUGGAACAUUGGCCGAAUGUCGUGUAGUGAGCCACACUCCAAAUUGUAUGUGUCCACAAGGCUACACUGGAGAUCCAUUUGUUCGAUGUGAAAUUGCAACCGUUUUUGCUUUGGAAUAUAUAUCCCCAUGUACGCCUUCGCCAUGCGGAAGCAAUGCUGUAUGUAAGGAAUUCAAAAAUGUUGGUUCAUGCACGUGUCUACCAGGCUAUUUUGGAAAUCCAUAUGAAGCAUGUCGACCAGAAUGCACUGUUAAUACGGAUUGCCCAUCAGAUCGAGUUUGUCAGCAAAAUAAAUGUCAAGAUCCUUGCCCUGGCACAUGUGGUAUUAACGCACAAUGCCAGACCAUCAACCAUGCCCCGAUCUGUACAUGUAUUUCAGGAUUUACGGGGAAUCCUUUCCAAAAUUGCGUCUACAAACAGGAAAUUGAAGCGCCUACGGAUCCAUGCUCACCAUCACCAUGUGGUCCAAACAGCAUCUGCAAAGUAAAUAACAACCAAGCGAGCUGCAGUUGUUUACCAGAAUAUCGUGGAUCUCCACCAAGCUGUCGACCAGAAUGUGUCGUUAGUGCUGAAUGUUCAUCGAAUUUGGCUUGUGUUUCCAAAAAGUGUAUCGAUCCAUGCAUAGGACAAUGCGGUCAAAACACUAAGUGUCUAGUUAUCAAUCACAGCCCAAUAUGUACGUGUAAGGAUCAUCAUACAGGUGAUCCUUUCAGUAGAUGCUAUCCGAUUAUUAUACAGGCAAUCGAGCAACCAUCCAAAAACCCAUGCCAACCAUCUCCUUGUGGGCCUUUUAGUGAGUGCAGAGAAAACAAUGGUGUACCAUCUUGUACUUGCCUAUCCGACUAUAUCGGUGCUCCACCAAACUGUAGACCAGAAUGUGUUAUAAACUCGGAAUGUUCAAGUAAUUUGGCUUGUAUAAAUCAAAAAUGUAGAGAUCCAUGCCCUGGAUCUUGUGGUUUUAAUGCUCAAUGUAUUGUCAGAACUCACACUCCUAUAUGUACUUGCUUGAGUGGCUUUGUUGGAGAUGCUUUUACUGAAUGCAAGCCACAAGUUGCAGAAAUUGUGCAAGAUACUACUGACCCGUGUAACCCAUCACCUUGUGGCGAUAAUGCUGUAUGCAAUAAUGGUGAAUGCUCAUGUUUGCCAGAACAUCACGGCGAUCCUUACUUUGAAUGCCGACCAGAGUGCGUCUUGAGUUCAGAUUGUGACAACAACAAAGCUUGCUAUAAAAAUAAAUGUGUCAAUCCCUGUAACUCACGAGUUUGUGCAGCAAAUGCUAUCUGUGAGGUCAUUAAUCAUGUUCCAAUGUGCCGAUGUCCAGAAAACAUGGUCGGAAAUGCUUUCAUUCAAUGUAAAACACAAGAAAUUGAAACUUUACAACCAUGCAGUCCAAACCCGUGUGGACCAAACAGCCAGUGUCGCGAUGUUAAUGGACAAGCUGUGUGUUCCUGUUUGCUAGGAUUUAUCGGCGCCCCACCUUCAUGUAGACCUGAAUGCCUUGUGAGCACUGAUUGCCUUCCUGAUGAAUCUUGUUCAAAUAGGAAAUGUGUUAAGCCAUGCCAAGGUGCUUGUGGCAUUAACGCGAAAUGUCAAGUCAUCAACCACAACCCAAUCUGUUCAUGUCCUCAAUCUUAUACCGGAAAUCCAUUCACAAGGUGCAUAUUGCAAGAAUUCACACCAGAACCUGUAAACCCAUGUAUACCAUCACCAUGUGGCCCAUAUUCUACCUGCAAAGUUUCAUUGGAUUCGCCAUCAUGCUCUUGUCAACCAGGAUAUUUUGGCUCUCCACCACAUUGCAAACCAGAAUGCAUCAGUAAUUCUGAAUGUUCCACUCAACGAGCUUGUAUUAAUGAAAAGUGUGUGGAUCCUUGUGUUGGAUCUUGUGGAGCUAAUGCGGAAUGUCAUGUGAUAAGCCACUCUCCUUCAUGUUCAUGCGUGGGUGAUUAUACAGGUGAUCCAUUUGUAGAAUGUCGUAGAGUUGAAAUAGUGCAAGAAAAUGUCACUCCAUGUUUACCUUCACCCUGCGGAGCAAAUGCUGUUUGUAAAGAAUUCAGAGAUGCGGGAUCUUGUACGUGUUUACCAGACUAUCACGGAAAUCCAUAUGAAGGUUGUAGGCCAGAAUGUGUAAUUAACGCUGAUUGUCCAUCCAACAAGGCAUGUUUGAAAAAUAAAUGCCAAGACCCAUGUCCAGGUGCAUGCGCUCCGAAUGCUUUUUGUCAAGUCGUCAAUCAUGCUCCGUCAUGUUCCUGUUUAGCAGGAUUUACUGGAGAUCCAUUCAAUUACUGCACCUUACAAAGACAACCCGAAGCAAAUUUGGAUGUUUGUAAUCCAUCUCCAUGUGGUCCAAACAGUCGUUGUUUAGAAGUUAACAAACAAGCAGUCUGUUCGUGCUUAUCGAAUUAUAUUGGAUCUCCUCCAAAUUGUCGCCCAGAAUGUCUUACUAGUUCUGAAUGUCCGACGAAUAAAGCUUGUAUAAACCAAAAAUGUCUUGAUCCGUGCUCGGAUGCGUGUGGGGUGAAUGCUGAGUGUAGAAUUAUCAAUCAUAGUCCUAUUUGCAACUGUAAAUCACUUUACACGGGUGAUCCGUUCACUAGAUGUAUACCAAUGCCACCACCAAUAGCAAACGCUGUCUUAGAACCUUACAAAAAUCCAUGUGUUCCAUCACCGUGUGGACCAAAUUCUUUGUGCAAGGAGGUCGGAAACAUACCAUCAUGCACAUGUCUUGACAACUAUAUCGGAAGUCCGCCAAAUUGUAGACCUGAAUGUGUGCUUAAUGCUGACUGUUCAACAUCCCUGGCGUGUAUACAACAAAAAUGUGUCGACCCUUGUCGCGGUUCAUGCGGCAUAAAUGCUUUAUGUACAGUUUCUAGACAUACGCCAAUGUGUACCUGCCCAGAAGGAUUUGUGGGAGAUGCCUUUACCAUCUGCUCUCUUAAAGUAAAUACUGAUUAUGAAAUCAUCGAUCAGUGUAAUCCUUCACCUUGUGGGGCUAACGCAGACUGUGAUAAUGGAAAGUGUACAUGCAUUGCUGGUUAUCAAGGAGACCCAUAUCUAGGCUGUCGCCCUGAAUGUGUUCUUAACAGUGAUUGUCAAAGAAAUAGGGCAUGUGUAAGGAAUAAAUGUGUGGAUCCAUGUAUUAAUACAUGUGCAGCAAAUGCUGUAUGCGAAGUGAUAAACCAUGUACCAAUGUGCAGUUGCCCUCAGGAAAUGACAGGAAAUGCAUUUUAUGAAUGCAAAUUAAUUCAAGUUCCAGUGAAAGCCAAUCCAUGUCUGCCAUCACCUUGUGGACCAAACAGUCAAUGUCGAGAAAUAAACGGACAAGCGGUUUGCACUUGCAUCGCCGGGUAUAUUGGAAGUCCUCCAUUAUGUAGACCAGAGUGCGUUGUUAGCUCGGACUGUCCGUAUAAUAAGGCAUGCAGUAAUCAAAAGUGUAUCGAUCCAUGUAAGGGGUCGUGCGGCGCUCAAGCUAAAUGUGAAGUUGUUAAGCACAAUCCAAUUUGUUCUUGUCCACCGAAGUACACGGGAGACCCAUUCGUGCGCUGUGUUCUAUUCAGGCCUCCAGAGAAUGACGUAACACCAUGCAUACCAUCUCCAUGUGGUGCUAAUUCUAUUUGUAAAGAAGUAAACGGUGAAGCAUCAUGCGCAUGUUCCCCUGAUUACUUCGGUUCUCCACCAUACUGUAGACCAGAAUGUACAAGCAACAGCGAAUGCUCAACUAAUAAAGCAUGCAUUAAUCAAAGAUGUAAAGACCCGUGCAUCAGUGCAUGUGGUGUGAAUACCGAGUGUAAAACAAUAAGUCAUUCUCCAAUGUGUUUCUGUCGAGAAGGAUAUUUCGGUGAUCCGUUUACGAGCUGUGAAGUACAGAGGGAACCUAUACCUGAACGAACGUCUCCUUGCAUACCAUCACCCUGUGGUUCUAACGCAAUUUGCAGAGAACAAAAUUAUGUAGGAUCCUGUUCUUGCUUACCUGAUUACGUAGGAAAUCCUUAUGAAGGUUGCCGCCCGGAAUGUUCAAUAAAUACAGACUGUACACCAGACAAGAGUUGUAUCAGAAAUAAAUGCCUUGAUCCUUGUCCUGGAACUUGUGCGUUUUUGGCGGUCUGCACAGUUGUUAAUCAUUUGCCGUCAUGUAGCUGUCCAACUCGUUAUACUGGCAAUCCAUAUCAAAAGUGUGAAGUGCAGAAAGUUUUACAAGAAGAACCUGUUACUCCAUGUGUACCGAACCCAUGCGGACCAAAUAGCAUAUGUCGUCCUGCGAAUGGGCAAAGCGUUUGCUCUUGUAUGCCAAAUUAUAUUGGAUCACCUCCAGGAUGCAGACCGGAGUGUACAAUAAGUUCUGAAUGCGCAACUGAUAAGGCCUGCAUCAAUCUCAAGUGUGUCAAUCCGUGUCCUGGUCAUUGUGGUCAAAAUGCAGAGUGCAGAGUCAUCUCGCACAGUCCUAUAUGUUCAUGCAGUCCGCAGUAUACUGGUGAUCCGUUCACUAGAUGCUAUUUGCCAAAACCCGUAGCAGUUUUACAACAAAAUGAUCCAUGCAUUCCAAACCCUUGCGGAGAAAAUAGUAUUUGUAGAGACAAUAGGGGCAAUCCAAUCUGUAGUUGUAUGCCAAACUUCCAAGGUGCUCCUCCCAAUUGUCGACCCGAAUGCGCUAUCAACCAGGAUUGCCCUUCAAACAGAGCUUGUAUCAAUAUGAAAUGUGUUGACCCUUGCCCUGGCAGCUGUGGUAUAGGUGCUGAAUGUACUGUUUUUAAUCAUUAUCCGGCGUGUACUUGUGAUAGUGGAUAUACUGGUGAUCCAUUCACCAGGUGUAUUGUUCUGGAACCAAUAAGAGAGGAAGUACCACAAGAUUUGUGCAAUCCGUCACCAUGCGGUUAUAAUACCCGAUGUGACAAUGGCGUGUGUACAUGUCUAGAAGGCUAUUUCGGUGAUCCCUACUUUGGAUGUAAACCAGAAUGUACCAACAGUAUUGAAUGCCCAUCAGAUAAAGUUUGCUCUAGAAAUAAAUGUGUAAAUCCUUGCCCAGAAAUGUGUGCUCAAACUGCGGAAUGCAAUGUUUAUAAUCAUAUACCAAUUUGUUCAUGUCCCGUUGGCACAACAGGAAAUGCUUUCAUUGAAUGCCAUAGAGCCGAAGUAAUAGAAGUGCAACCAUGCAAUCCAAACCCUUGUGGCCCCAACAGUCAAUGCCGAGGAUUAAAUAAUCAAGCAAUUUGUUCUUGUCUCCCAACUUACAUCGGCAGCCCACCAUCGUGUCGACCCGAAUGUACAAUCAGCUCGGAGUGUCCAUCAAAUGAAGCUUGCAAUAAUUAUAAAUGUAUAAAUCCGUGUCGCGGUACUUGUGGACUUGGGGCUAGAUGUGAAGUCGUUAACCACAACCCUGUAUGCUCAUGUCCUCCGCAGUAUACUGGAGAUCCAUUCCUUCAUUGUACCCAGAUUGCUGCAACGCCAAUAUCUCCUGUCGACCCAUGUAUUCCCUCUCCAUGUGGCCCACAUUCAGUUUGUAAGGUCAUUGGGGAAGCGCCGUCGUGUUCGUGCAAGACUAAUUAUAUGGGCUCCCCACCUAACUGUCACCCUGAAUGUGUAUCCAAUUCGGAAUGUGCAACUAAUUUAGCUUGCAUUAAUUACCACUGUAAGGAUCCUUGCCCGGGAAGUUGUGGCUACAACGCAGAUUGCAUAGUCAACAGUCACGCUAUUAUUUGUACCUGCCCGUACGGUCAAACCGGAGAUCCACUCGUUUCUUGCAGUCCGUUAAAAGAUGCUGUAAUCGAAUAUGGUUCUCCGUGCGAACCAUCGCCGUGUGGGCUAAACGCCGAAUGUACUGAACGGAAUGGAGCUGGCUCAUGUAAAUGCAUUGAGCAUUAUAUUGGAAAUCCAUAUGAGGGUUGUCGCCCAGAAUGCGUACUUAACACAGAUUGCAGUCCAACGUUAGCCUGUAUACAGAACAAAUGCAGAGACCCAUGCCCGGGUAUAUGUGCGCCGAAUGGGAUAUGCCAAGUUGUGAAUCAUGUGCCCGCUUGUUAUUGUCCCACGGGACUAACUGGAGACCCUUACACCUUCUGCAAAGAAAAAGUUGAAGAAACGAAAUUGACCCCAUGCACACCUUCACCUUGUGGUCCUAAUAGUCAGUGUCGGGAGGUUAAUUCGCAAGUCGUAUGUAGCUGCUUAGAAAACUACAUGGGUACGCCACCUAGCUGCAGACCAGAAUGCACAAUCAACAGUGAAUGUUCCAGUGAUAAGGCAUGCGUCAACCAAAGAUGUGUUGAUCCGUGUGCUGGUCAAUGUGGAAGAAACGCUAACUGUAGAGUUAUUACACAUAACCCGAUUUGCGGAUGUCAGGAACAAUACACAGGAGACCCAUUCACCUACUGCAUGCCAAUUGUAUUAUCGACAUCCCUACAAGAAUCGCCAAAUGUUGAUCCAUGUGUACCUUCUCCUUGUGGACCAAAUUCUCAGUGCCAGGAAAAUAGAGGGGUAGCGCGAUGCUCUUGUUUGCCAAACUAUAUCGGCACACCGCCACGCUGUAGACCCGAAUGUACUGUCAAUUCAGAAUGCGAUGCUUUAAGCGCCUGUAUCAAUAAUAAGUGUAUGGACCCUUGCCCUGGAGCGUGUGGACUAAAUGCCGAAUGCAAUGUCAAUAAUCAUCUACCAAGUUGUUCAUGCUUUACUGGUCAUACCGGUGAUCCAUUCACUAGAUGCCAAGUCAUAUUAAAAGAGCCAGAUUAUGUUGAUCCAUGUUCUCCAACGCCCUGCGGACCUAAUGCGUUAUGUGAAAAUGGAAACUGUAGAUGUUUACCAGAAUAUUUUGGAGAUCCAUACUUUGAAUGCAAACCUGAAUGCAUACUUAACACGGAUUGCGCACGAAAUCUAGCAUGUGUGAAUAAUAAAUGUGUAAACCCCUGCAUAGAUGCUUGUGGAUCUAAUGCAAUCUGCGAAGUUAUAAAUAAUAUACCAAUGUGCUCAUGUCCAUCAAGAAUGACUGGUGAUCCAUUUCAAUACUGCACACCAGUCAAAGAUGUUUCUCCAAUCGACUUAUGCAACCCAUCACCGUGUGGUCCCUAUAGCCAGUGUAGAGAUAUAAAUGGUCACGCUGUUUGUGUCUGUGUACCUGGAUAUAUUGGCAGUCCACCAAACUGUCGCCCUGAAUGCAUACAAAGUUCAGAUUGCAACUUAAACUUGGCAUGUUCCAAUCAAAAAUGUAUCGAUCCAUGCCCAGGCGCCUGUGGACAACAUACAAAUUGUAUUGUCGUCAACCAUAACCCAGUAUGCAGUUGCCUAACUGGUUAUUCGGGUGAUCCGUUUACAAUUUGCCAACGCAUAUAUAAUUCUCCACCGAUUAAGAUUAAUCCAUGCUUACCAUCACCGUGUGGACCAAACUCACAAUGCGUAGAAAAUGGAGAUAAUGCAGAUUGUAAAUGCUUACCAGAUUUCAUUGGUGCUCCACCAGCUUGUAGACCUGAAUGUACCAGUAAUACUGAUUGUAGGUCAAACGAAGCUUGCAUUAACAGAAAAUGCCGCGACCCAUGCCCCGGUGCGUGUGGACUUAACGCUGAGUGUAGGGUUGUGAGCCAUGCGCCUAUUUGUAUCUGCCAGCAUGGCUACUCGGGAGAUCCUUUCGUUCAGUGUACUAUACGAGCUGAAGCAACUGUUGUAGAGCGUCCAACUCCAUGUAUACCAUCACCGUGUGGAAGCAAUGCUCAGUGCAGGGAGCAAAAUAAUGUUGGAUCUUGUACUUGUUUACCUGGUUAUCAUGGAGAUCCAUAUGUGUCGUGUAAACCUGAAUGUGUCCUUAGUUCUGACUGUCCAUCUAAUAAGGCCUGCCAGCAAAACAAGUGUGUGGAUCCAUGCCCUGGCACAUGCGGCAUAAACGCCCUGUGCUAUGUGACAAAUCAUCUGCCAAACUGUGCAUGUCCUGAUCAACAUUAUGGAGAUCCAUUUAAAAUUUGCUCAUUCAAACCUCAAGCCGAUAUUGUGGACCCAUGUAAUCCUUCACCAUGUGGCCCAAAUAGCCAAUGUAGUAACCGCAAUAACUUGGCAGUGUGUACUUGUCUGCCUGAAUUCCGAGGCUCUCCACCUUCAUGUCGACCAGAAUGUAUCUCAAACUCAGAGUGUCCUCUUGAUAAAGUUUGCGAGAAUUUGAAGUGUAUAUCGCCGUGUCCCAGCGGAUGUGGAAUUAAUGCAGACUGUCGUGUGAUUAACCACAACCCGAUGUGUUCGUGCAAAGAACGAUAUACAGGAGAUCCAUUCACGAUUUGUAGAUACGUAGAAGUACAACCGACACUGAGCGAAUCUGUGAAUCCGUGUCUGCCUUCUCCUUGCGGACCAAACGCUGAGUGUCGCGACGUCGGGGGUAUAGCAUCGUGCUCCUGUCAUAUUGAUUACUUAGGAAGUCCACCGAACUGCAGACCAGAAUGCAUUGUGAACACCGAUUGUAGCAGCAACAAGGCAUGUUUAAAUAUGAAAUGUCAGAAUCCUUGCGAUGGAUCGUGUGGCUUGAACGCUGUAUGCAAUGUCGUGAACCAUGUACCAGUUUGUUUAUGUCCACCUGGUUAUGCUGGAGAUCCAUUCGCAGUCUGCAGAAUUAAAUAUGAAGAACCACCAGAAAAGAGAGAUCCAUGCAAUCCUUCCCCGUGUGGGCCAAAUGCAAUCUGCAGAAACAAUGGUGAAUGUAGCUGCUUGCCGGAGUAUCACGGCGACCCAUACCUUGCAUGUCGACCCGAAUGUGUCCUGAACACCGACUGUCCGCUGGACAAAACCUGUGUCCGCUCUAAAUGUAUUGACCCUUGCAUUAAUAUGUGCGGAUUAAAUGCGGAAUGCAAUGUCUACAACCAUAUUGCAAUAUGCAGCUGUCCAUCGGGAAUGACUGGAGAUGCAUUUACUCAGUGCCGAAUAGUUGACAAGCCAGUAACUAGGCCAUGCGAACCAUCCCCAUGUGGACCAAAUAGUUUUUGUCGCGAAAACAACGGUCAGGCAAAUUGUGCUUGCAUGCAAGGAUAUGUUGGUAAUCCACCAAAUUGUCGACCGGAAUGUAUACAGAGUACUGACUGUCCACUAUCUUUGGCCUGUAUAAAUAUGAAAUGUCAAGAUCCUUGUCCUGGGUCUUGUGCUUAUAAUGCUGAGUGCAAAGUCAUUAACCACAAUCCUGUAUGUUCGUGCCCUCCGCGCUUUACGGGAUCACCUUUUACAAACUGUUACAUUCAACAACAUGAAGAUGUUCCAAGUAAUCCCUGUGUACCAUCACCUUGUGGUCCUAACAGUUUCUGUACUGAAAGCUCAGAUGGAAAGUCGCACCAAUGUUCUUGUCAACCGACAUUCGAAGGCACUCCACCCAACUGUCGCCGAGAAUGUACAUCUAGCGAAGAGUGUGCUUCAGACAAAGCUUGUAUUGCAUUCAAAUGCAAAGACCCUUGUGUUGGUUCUUGUGGAACAAACACGAUAUGUUCCGUCAGAGUCCACACCGCAAUGUGUUCUUGUGAAGAGGGCUAUUCUGGAGAUCCAUUUUUAUCGUGCUACCAAAUAACUCAAAAGAUUGAGCAUGUGGACGCUUGUAAUCCAUCACCAUGUGGAGCCAACAGCUAUUGCAAGGUGUCAUCUAACGGUGCUGCGUCCUGCAUUUGCCAUGAUGGGUACUAUGGAAAUCCUUUCGAAGGAUGUCGUCCAGAGUGUGUGAUCAACAAUGACUGUCCAUACAACAAAGCUUGUUUGAGCAAUAAAUGCCAAGAUCCUUGCCCGGGAGUAUGUGGUGUAACAGCUACUUGCCAAGUUUUGAACCAUAUUCCAUCUUGUUCCUGUUCACCUGGUUAUACUGGCAAUCCUUAUGCCUACUGUCAUAUCCUUAUCAAAGAAGAAGAACCCGUUGUACGCGACCCGUGCCAACCAAAUCCAUGCGGAAGUAACUCAAUCUGCAAAAAUAAUAAUGGCUUAGUAUCGUGUUCCUGUUUACCAGAAUACUUGGGCACCCCACCAAAUUGCCGUCCCGAAUGCACGGUUAAUUCAGAGUGUCCUUCAUCACUUAGCUGCGUGCGACAAAAGUGCGUUAACCCUUGCGUUGACGUAUGCGGGAGGAAUUCGGUUUGCAGGGUGGUUAAUCAUGCCCCGAUAUGUUCAUGUGAACGAGGUUUCGAAGGCGAUCCUUUUGUCUUAUGUGCACCCAUACAAAAUACUCCGAGUGUUGAAGUAAACCCUUGCCUUCCCUCUCCAUGUGGACCAAACUCGCUGUGUCAUUCUGAAAACAGAGUACCGAUUUGUACCUGCAUGGCUUCUUAUAUUGGCACACCACCUAACUGCAGACCGGAAUGUACCAUCAAUUCUGAUUGUCCAAGUAAUAAGGCCUGCAUGAACCAAAAGUGUAAAGAUCCUUGCGUUGGCUCCUGUGGACUACACACGGUGUGUCAAGCACAUCAACACGCUGCGAUUUGUAGCUGCUUAGAAGGAUACACUGGCGAUCCAUUUGGAAGCUGUUUCGUAUUAGAAAAUAUUGAACCUGUUCCACCUAAAUACGACAGUUGCAAUCCUGACCCGUGCGGUGCCAAUGCUGAGUGCCAAAACGGAGUCUGCUCGUGUCGAACAAAUUACUUUGGAAAUCCAUAUCUGAGUUGUCGUCCCGAAUGUACGCACAGCUCCGACUGUGCUACUAAUUUGGUGUGCGUUAACACUAAAUGUGUUAACCCAUGUGAAAACUUGUGUGGGCGAGGCGCUAAUUGUGAAGUUUAUAACCAUGUGCCAAUGUGCUAUUGUCCACCUAAAACUAACGGAAACGCCUUUGUUUCAUGCAAUCCUAUCCUAGAAAUUGAAGAUAAUAUCAACCCAUGUACACCAUCCCCUUGCGGUCCAAAUAGUGUCUGUAGAGCGGUAAAUGAACAAGCCAUCUGUACUUGUCUUGUUGGAUAUAUUGGGGCAGCACCUUCGUGUCGUCCAGAAUGUCUCAUAGAUUCGGAUUGCUCGACGGUGCUCUCGUGCUCCAAUCAGAAAUGUAUCGACCCAUGUAGAGGUUCUUGUGGUAUCAAUUCGGAAUGCAAAGUUCACAAUCAUAAACCAAUUUGCUACUGUCGCAACGGAUUAACUGGCGAUCCAUUCAUACAAUGUUCUGUAAUUCAAAACGAAACGCCAGUCGAAAAGAAGCCUUGUGUCCCAUCACCAUGUGGUCCAAAUUCGAUUUGCAAAGAAAUAAACAGUGUCUCAUCUUGUUCUUGUAUGAACGGUUUUAUCGGACAACCGCCGUAUUGUCGCCCGGAAUGUAUAUCGAACAGCGAGUGUACUAAUGACAAGUCGUGUAUAAACAAUAAAUGUGUGGAUCCGUGCGUCGGCGCUUGCGGGUACUUUGCAAAUUGCAGAGUUGUCAGCCACUCGCCUCAAUGUACUUGUCAAGACGGUUAUCGAGGAGAUCCGUUCAAUGAAUGUAUUCGUUUACCAGCUAUAGCUCAAAAACCGACAGCGCAAGUAAGACCUUGUACACCAAACCCAUGUGGAACAAACGCGAUAUGCCAGGAGCGAGAUAACGUAGCUAGCUGCGUCUGUUCUAACGAUCACUUCGGUAAUCCUUACGAAAGCUGCAGACCUGAAUGUCUGCUGAACUCAGAUUGUCAACAGAAUCUUGCUUGUAUCAAUAAUAAAUGCAGUGACCCGUGCCCCGGCUUCUGUGGGCAGAACACACACUGUCAAACUGUCGACCAUAUACCGAGGUGCUCUUGCAUAUCAAAUCAUGUGGGUAACCCGUACGAGAUAUGCCAAUUGAAACAAGAGGAACCCGUCGACCCAUGUCAACCUUCACCAUGCGGCCCUCACAGCACGUGUAGAAACAUAAAUAACAAAGCUGUGUGCGCUUGUCUGCCGGAAUAUUCCGGAUAUCCACCAAAUUGUAGACCAGAAUGUGUAAUCAGUUCUGAAUGUCCGCUAAACAAAGCGUGUAUAAACCAAAAAUGUGUGGACCCAUGUACAAAUACUUGUGGCGAAAACGCUGAAUGUCGUACACAUAGACACAGUCCUUAUUGUACGUGCUUGGCCGGUUUCCAAGGAGAUCCGUUUGUUCGAUGCGUUAAAGAAAAGCCUUUAGCCACACCAAUAUCAUCACCAUGCGAACCAAAUCCAUGUGGAGCGUAUUCAAUAUGUCGAGAUAUCGGCGAUGCACCUAUGUGUUCCUGCAAGACUGGCUAUUUUGGUGCCCCACCGCAAUGUUCUCCGGAAUGUACCAUCAGCGCCGACUGUCCAAACGACAAAGCAUGUGUACGAGAGAAAUGUGUUGAUCCUUGCUUAGGUUCAUGUGGAAGUAAUUCACAGUGUCGAGCUAUGAACCAUAUCGCUAUUUGCACGUGUUUGAAUGGAUAUAUAGGUGACCCAUUCGUUGGUUGCUAUUUCAUUGAAGAUAAUUUACCACAACCGUCAGUGAAUCCUUGUUACAAUUCACCAUGCGGAGUGAACGCAGUAUGCGAUAAUGGAACUUGUUCUUGUAUUGUUGGCUAUCACGGCAAUCCCUAUGUGGAAUGCCGUCCUGAAUGUACAAGCGACAGUGAAUGUUUGAGAAACCAAGCGUGUAUCAAUUACAAAUGCGUCAACCCUUGUAAGAACGCCUGUGGCCUUGAAGCAGUCUGCAACGUAAUAAAUCACAUCGCAAUCUGUGAAUGUCCAAAUCCACUGCAAGGAGAUCCAUUCAUCGCAUGUCGCCGAGUUACGGCUCCGGUUGUCAGCGACCCGUGCACGCCAAAUCCAUGUGGACCAAACAGCAUUUGCCGAUCUGAUGGCAACGUAGCCCACUGCUCUUGUAGGCCACCAAUGUUUGAAGAACCUCCAAGCUGUAGACCGGAAUGUCGUCGAAACUCAGAUUGUUCCACUGAUCGCGCCUGUCGGAACAGCAAAUGUCAAGAUCCUUGUCCAGGAACGUGUGGCACAGGAGCUGUUUGUCACACCAUGUCUCACUCACCAAUAUGUAGUUGUCCCAUCAGACAUACCGGCGAUCCAUUUAUACGUUGUUUGCCAGUCGUCGAGGCGGAACCUAAAGUGCCGUCACCGUGCAGCAACUGUGGCCAGAACGCCGAAUGUGUAGACAGCUCAUGUCAAUGUCGGCAUGGCUAUAUCGGGGCGCCGCCGUACUGUCGCCCCGAGUGCAUCAGCUCCAGUGACUGCGAGUGGCGACUCACGUGUCUCAACAAACAGUGUGUGGAUCCAUGCCCCGGCGCUUGCGGUCUCAACGCCAUCUGUUCACCCGUUGCUCACGAGCCACGAUGCGAAUGCCCACCAAAUACCUACGGAAAUCCCCUUUCUGAGUGUCGACGCAUCGAUAAUAUUCAAAAACUUCCAAAUGAUCCUUGUAGUCCAUCGCCGUGUGGACCAGGGGCUAUUUGUCGGGCGCGUGGAAGUGGCGCCUCCUGCGAGUGUGAACCAGGCCUAAGAGGAGACCCAUACACUGGUUGCCGGCCAGAAUGUCUUGCUGAUUCGGAUUGCUCACCAACACGGGCCUGUAUACGAUCCAAGUGCCGCGAUCCGUGUGAGGGCACGUGUGGAGUAGGAGCUGAUUGCGAAACAGUCAAUCAUGUUCCACUUUGUUCAUGUCCGCCAGGAACAAGAGGAAAUGCUUUUGACAAAUGUGACACUGUUGUGACAGCACCACCGUGCACACCGUCACCAUGUGGCCCCGGGGCUCUGUGCUCAGUUGUCAACAACAACGCGGUAUGCUCCUGUCCAAGAGGCACUAGUGGAGACGCUGCGUCCUCUGGAUGUCGACCUGAGUGCGUUGUCAGCUCGGAGUGCCCAAGGGACCGCGCUUGUGUCCGCAACAAAUGCGUAGACCCUUGUAUGGGAGCGUGCGGUUCAGGCGCCGUCUGCCGAGUCUUCGAUCACGCCCCAGUCUGCUCCUGCCCACCAACAUUCACUGGAGAUCCAUUCUACAACUGCGUUGCAAGAGAUGUACCAACCACGUCACCAACUGUAUUUGAUCCUUGCGACCCCAACCCUUGUGGACCUCAUGGCUCAUGCCGCGACGGCUUCUGUUCGUACCCGGAGUGUGUGGUGAACGACGAUUGCCCAGGAGAUCGUUCCUGUGUUAACAGAAAAUGCACCGACCCAUGUAUUGAUGCCUGUGGUGUUAAUGCUAUUUGUACCGGCGUCAGACACUCCGCUGUCUGUUCCUGUCCGGUCGGCUACACCGGCUACUCAUUCGUAAGAUGCGAACGAAUCACAAUAACUGAGACACCGCUACCUGAAUGUACAAGAGACGAUGAUUGUGCGAAUAGCAUGGCUUGUGUAGAUAGCAGGUGUGCACCCGUGUGUGUUCAGAACAGCUGUGGUAUCAACGCACGGUGCAUAGCGCGACAACACAGAGCGCGCUGUGCUUGCCUACCAGGCUACGAGGGUGAUGCAUACACUGGAUGCUAUUCAGUUCAAUGCCACAGUAACAAUGAUUGCCCAGACGACGAGAGUUGUGAAAACGGUUCAUGUCUGAAAGUAUGCUCACGAGUCAGAUGCGGAAUUGAAGCUCAGUGUAUAGGACGCGGACAUAUCGCUUCCUGUGAAUGUAGACCAGGAGCCCGCGGCAAUCCGUGGGUGGAAUGUCGUAAAGAUGAAUGUACCGCGGACGACGAUUGUCCGACGUGGUUGGCGUGCCGAGGAAAUAAGUGUCAAGAUCCUUGUCCGGGAAGCUGCGCGCCGCAAGCUCAAUGCAAAGUCGUCAGACACACGCCGAUGUGUGAAUGCCCUGGUGGUACCAGAGGCAACCCUAAAAUAUCUUGCCAGCCAGUGCUAGAAGAAGUAGAAUGUGAAAGUGACGCGGAAUGUGGACCGAACCUGGCGUGUCUUCAAGGGAGCUGCAGAAACCCGUGUGAUGAAACAUCUUGUGGCACAAGGGCUGUGUGCCGAGUCGCAAACACUUUGCCUUUCCGCACACUCGUCUGUGAAUGCCCUAAGCCGCUGAGCGGUGAUGCUUCCGUACAGUGUAAUCCCAGAGGAGAAUGUAGGGAAGACGCUGAAUGCGGCGACGAAGAGCAUUGUUUGGAGGGACGAUGCGUGGCCGUGUGCGACACGCAACAAUGCGGUUCCGGUGCGGAAUGUCACGCGAGUGCCCACCGAGCUUCUUGCGCCUGCAUUUCCCCGCUACAAGGAAACCCCAAUGUUGCCUGUUUACCGGGCGCAACCGGUGGAAUGUGCGUUUCGGACGGAGAGUGCGGUGCUGCGGAAGCGUGCGUGUCACGUCGCUGCGUGUCAGCGUGUGCGGGUGCGUGCGGGGCGGGCGCUCUGUGCGAGGCCGACCAACACCGCGCCAAGUGCUCGUGUCCGCCGUCCACCGCCGGAGAUCCCGCUGUUUCUUGCUACACACCUGAAUGUACCACGGACGAUAAUUGUCCAUUUGACAAGAGCUGCAUCAACCGAUACUGUCAAGACCCAUGCGCUACGAGCUCGCCUUGCGGUCGCAACGCGCUUUGUAAAGUGAUCUCACACGUAGCGACAUGCCGCUGUCCGGCCGGCACACAGGGUGACCCGCGACGGGCCUGUAUAUCAUCCGCAUGCCAGUACAACGACGACUGUGACGACACUAAGGCCUGCAACAGAUUGAACCGCGUUUGCCAACCUGUGUGCUCUGAUAACACAUGUGCAGCAGGUGCUAUCUGCACGCCCAGCGGUCAUCGCGCUAUAUGCUCAUGCCCUUCGUAUCAGACAGGAGAUCCAUACGUUCGUGGCUGCACGUCCAUUCCCAACGUAGAACAAUGCGCUGUAGAUGCUGACUGCGCUUCGCCAUUGGCCUGCGUGAACACCCGCUGCGUUGACUUAUGCCAGAAUAACCCCUGCGAUGCUGGUCUACUCUGUAGAAUAGUUGAUAUAUUACCGUUGAGAGCGAUAGCCUGUGUGUGUUCUGAUGGAGGACGCACGGCACCUGAUAGCGGCUGCCGAGGACCACCUGAAGCGGAAUGCUCAUCGGAUACAGAAUGCGCUAAUAGUCAGAUAUGUCGCCGCGGAACCUGCGUCGACGCGUGUCGCGCUGAGUCGUGCGGACAGAACGCUCUGUGUGAGACAGUGGAUCACGUAGCGCGAUGCACGUGCCCUCCUGGAUAUUUGGGCAAUCCGAGAAUCGAGUGUAAUACAGAAUCAAGACAACCAUCAAUUUGGGAAUGCUAUAGCGACAAUGAGUGCGGAGAUGAACGUGCUUGUGUAGACCGCGCUUGUGUCAAUCCUUGCAUCAACGAGUGUGGAGUGGGCGCGCUCUGUCGCGUUAUAGAUCACCAGCCUAGAUGCUCGUGCCCUAAUGGAUACUCAGGAAACGCGCAAAUACGUUGUGUUCCACCUUCCCAAGAUAAAUCAGUGAUACCAGUUGGGUGCAAAGCUAACUCAGACUGUCCCUUGUCACAAGCCUGCAUAAACGGAGCUUGUGCAGAUCCAUGCCUGUGUGGAUCCAAUGCGGAAUGCUCAGUAAUUCGACAUCAUCCGGUCUGUUAUUGCCGUCAAGGAUACUCGGGAAGUCCAUACACAGGCUGCGUUAGAGUUGGCUGUUCAUCAGAUAAUGAGUGUCCAGAUAGUGAUAUGUGCUACAAUGGAGCAUGUAUCAGCCCAUGUUUAAUAGAAACUCCUUGCUCAAUCAGUGCUGAAUGUUACGGCAAGUCCCAUAGAUCUAACUGUCGAUGCCCACCAGGAACAACAGGCAAUCCGUUCACAAAAUGUAAAGUAUCUGAAUGCGAAGUUGACUUUGAUUGCAAUGACGACAGUUUGUGUAUUAGAGGAGUAUGUAAAAAUGCUUGUUCUAUUGAUGGAAAUAAUCCAUGUGCAUCGAAUGCAGAAUGUUUCGCUAAAAACCAUGGUGCUUCGUGCAAAUGUCCUCCUGCUUUACCUCUAGGAGAUCCGUUAACACAUUGUGAAAGAGUAACAGUCGUGGGACAGCCAGAAUGUAGAGCAGAUGGAGACUGCCCAAGUGGACAUGCAUGUCUCAGAGAGGAAUGUCGCGAAGCUUGCACUGAAUUGAAGCCAUGUACAGGAAAUUCUCGCUGCUCAGUAUCGGACAGCGUACCUUUCCGUACAUUGAUAUGUCGCUGCCCUGAGGGUUACGUACCGGAUAAAACCGGAUCAUGUAAACCAGUUCAACUACCACCAUUAAGUUGUUCCUCUGACACUGACUGCAGCGAACAAGAGUCUUGUGUCAAUAGGAUAUGCCGCAACCCUUGUAAUUGUGGAGAUAAUGCCGAAUGCUUCAUACGUAACCACAGACCUGUCUGCAGUUGCCGAGAAGGCUAUGAUGGCAAUCCUUACAGCGCAUGUCGCAUUUUGGGCUGCCGAACAAACUCUCAGUGUGAAUCGAAUGAAGCUUGUAUUAAUGGAAACUGUAUAAGCCCCUGUUUACUGAACAAUACAUGCGGCUUUAAUGCUGAAUGUUAUGUGGAAAGAAAUCACCCACUGUGUAGAUGCCGUAACGGCUUUGAGGGUGACUCAUAUUCCUAUUGUAAUCCAAUAGAAUGCCGUUCAAAUGGAGACUGUCCAAAUGAUAAAUUCUGUCGUAGCCAUAAAUGUAUAAACCCGUGCCUUUCCGAAAACAACUGUGGCCGUAAUGCAAUUUGCCUUGUUCGUAAUCACUUAGCAGUUUGUAAAUGUGAUCCAGGAUUCAUCGGCAGUCCAUAUGUUGAAUGUCAACCUGAAAUAACGAAGGAAUGUAUAGUAGACGCUGAUUGUCCAUCUAGAUUGGCAUGUUUAUCAUCUAAAUGUGUUAAUCCAUGUACUGAAUUAAGACCUUGCGCAACACCAGCUCAGUGCGAAGUGCUUGCAACUUUGCCACUACGCACAAUGCUUUGCUCUUGCCCGCCCGGAUACAUCAGUGGAGGCGGUGGCAUAUGUCGACCAACUCCUACGCUAGAAGACGUUGCCUGUGAAGCUGAUAACGACUGCACUUCCAACCAUGCUUGCAUAACAUCAGUCUGUAAGAACCCAUGUGACUGUGGACCUAAUACCGAUUGCCAAAUAAGAGGACAUAAGCCUGUUUGUGCCUGCCAGCCUGGAUUCAUAGGGGACCCACGCACUGGUUGUUACAUGGUUACAUGCAGAGCGGAUAGUCAAUGCGCUGAUGAUGAAACAUGCAUAAAUAGUCGAUGUGUGCCAGCAUGCUCUGUCGAACGGAAUCUCUGUGGCCAGCUAGCAGAGUGCUACGGAGAACACCAUCAAGCAGUUUGCCGCUGUCAGUAUGGAACAUUCGGAAACCCGAAUGUGGCCUGCACGCCAAUUACUUGCCGAGCAAAUACAGACUGUCCACCAGAGAAAUCCUGCGUUAACAGUAAAUGUGUGGAACCAUGCACUGAAGCAACUUGCAACAAACCAGCAGAAUGCCGUGUACACGAACAUGAUGUAUACUGCGUAUGCCCACCUGGCUACCAGAGCACACCGAUGGGUUGCAAUAAAACUGAAGAGCGCUGCAACUCAGACACCGAUUGUCCAUCUGGAACUGCUUGUUUGGAAGGCAAAUGUGUCAAUCCGUGUCUAGAAAUUGAACCUUGUGGCAAAAACGCGAUUUGUAAAGUGAUAGAUACACAACCUGUUCGAACUAUGAUAUGCGAAUGUGAACAAGGUUUCAAGGGCAAUGCUCUAAUUGAAUGUACACCAUAUAAACCUCCCACUACAAAAUGUGUUGAUGGCCAGGGUGUGAAUGAAUACGGUGAAUGUGAGCCUUGUAUCGAAUCAGAAGGAAAGGUUAUUGAUGCACGUGGUCGUUGCGUGUGUGAUUCGGACCGCGGCUACACGUCUAAAGGCGAUAUCUGCGUACCAAUCGGUUGUCGCUCAGAUGAUCAUUGCAAUGACGACGAGAGAUGUAUUAACGGGAAAUGUGUACCAGUGUGUGAAGCUGAGCCAUGCGGCUUGUACGCCACGUGCGAAGGAGUCGGACAUCGAUCCCGUUGUACAUGUAUAACUGGCUAUAUCGGAAACCCUAAAGUACAAUGCAACGCUACCUCGACACCUAACAUUACUUACCGUACUGAUUUCCCUCUACCUGACAUGCAGGUUCACUGUCUAGCUGAUGGAGUACGUGUUAGUCUUAAGAUUAAGGAUUUCAAUGGAGUAUUGUACGUAAAAGGAUACAGCAAAGAUGAGCGUUGUCGCUUAGUUGUCCACACAUCUGAAAACCAGGAGAGUCCAGUCGACUUCACCGUACACUUUGGUGAUUGUGGAUUAGUUCAUGUCAAUGGACUGGCAAGUUUCGUCCUGGUUAUGCAAAAACAUCCGAAACUGGUAACAUCAAAUGCUAAGGCUUUCCACAUAAAAUGUAUUUACCAAACCGGCGAACAGAACGUGACAUUGGCUUUCAACGUGUCAAUGUUAACGACCGCUGGCACAAUCGCUAAUACUGGUCCUCCACCAACUUGUUCUAUGAGGAUUGUGACAAGAACUGGAGACGAGGUCAGCUCUGCGGAAAUAGGAGAAAACCUCGUUUUACAAGUUGACGUUCAACCUUCGAGUAUUUACGGUGGCUUUGCACGCAGCUGUAUAGCGAAAACAAGCGAACUCUCAACGAACAUAGAAAACGAAUAUACGGUGACAGACGCCGAUGGUUGCGCAACAGACGCUGCUAUUUUUGGUGAAUGGGAGCGCAGUGACGAUGGCACCUCGCUCAGAGCUGCUUUCAACGCGUUCAAGUUCCCGAGUAGCGACAAUAUACGAUUCCAAUGUAACAUUCGAGUUUGCUUUGGAAAAUGUCAACCGGUGAAUUGCCGCGGCAUUGACGCCUUUGGCAAACGUAGAAAACGAGAGAUAGAUGAUACCGGUCCGUUAACGGGCCGUCUGCGCGAGGAGGUGACAGUAGAAUCCAAUCAGAUAUUGACGCUUGAACGUCGCGACCCGUCACGCGCGGCGCGACAACGUGACGGCUCUGCAGACGCGACCAACGUGAACGGAGAAGUGUGCGUGUCAGCGGCGGGACUGGCGGUAGCGCUAGCGCUCACGGCGCUUUUGGCAUUGGUCGCAGUAGCCGCUGCGGUCGCAUGCUGGUUGGUCGCUUGGCGGCGUGCGCGACCGCCUCCCGCACCCCUUCCGCACCCGCCAGACUUCCCCAACCCUCUAUUCCAGCGUUAAACUCCAAAUUCCAGGCGCGGAUUUAUUAGGUGCAAUAGUCAAAUAUAUUUAUUGUAAAAAUCAAAUGAUCCAUGAGCGAACUUCGAGGUCCGCGCCUUCCCACAUCGCACGAGACGAUCUAGAUAAAUAAAGCUUCAAGCCAUAAACAUACAAAAAGUACGUGAAAUAUCCAAUCGUAAGUCUAACUCAUGUCUCAUCUAAUCUGUAAUGCCCGAUGAUGGCCCUCUCUGACGUAUGUUAGUUCUCGUGCGAUGAGGCCUUAAUGUAGCUAGUCGAUGCCCUGCUCCUCCACCGGCGCCGGGCGGUGUCGGCUCUUCCUCUUUACUCUACGACUUUCAGAGUGCGCCGCCGGAGGACCAGGCAGGCCACCCUGAGCGCCAACCCUCGCCUGCGCUCGCUGUGGCCUAACCUAACCUAAUAUUAAAAACUUUAAUUUUAUUUCUAUUAUGUCGCCUCCUUCGAACGUUGUGAUAUUCAUUUUAUAAAUAUUCGAAAUCACCAUAUUUUUGUAUAAUAAUCGAAUAUGUAGUAUUUAAGAAAAUGAGUAAUUAAAUAAUAAUAAUAAUAAU